AAAAAUAAAAUUGAAAACCUUGAACCAUAUUCUUUCCCUGUGAGUCCUCUCCUUCUAUCUCUGAUGUACUCACUGCCGUUGGCCAAUGUACAGUAUCCAACUGCUCAUUGGUUUCAACAACGUCAGCAAAUGGAUUCUCAGGUUUCUUUGUCUCCAAAGCCUUUUUCUUUGCCGCUUCUUCUGCAGCCAGUUCACUCGGAAGAAUGAGCUCUGGCGGGAAUAGUGGUUCUCCGUGAAGAGCUUCUUCAUCUAAUGGAACGGCUACGACGUCUUGUGGCUCUGGGACAUGAAGAGGUAGAGGACGAGCUCUGAAAUUUCACGAAUAGGAUUUUGAGAAGAAGCAGAAGAAGAAGAUACAAAGAGGAAAAGUAUCAAGUUUCUACGGACCCACAACCACCAUCAAUCUGAAAACAAAGAGCUUCAGGAAUUGAUGAUCUCAAAAAAAGGGAAAUUUUGGAUAUCGAGAGUGCUGGUUGUUUGUGCAUGUGCUCUUCUCGUUUAUAGCUUUGUUGCACUAGACAUCACACCAACACCGCCUACAGAAGAAUUUGGAUUCAAGGAUGGCAAUCAAGAAUCAUCAUCGUCACCUCGUCUUGUUUUCAUGGUUAUCGACGCCUUCCGUCUGUCAUUUUUAACAUCUUCCAAGUCACCGAUGAGCUUCACGAAAUCAGAAAUCACUAAGAAAUCUGCCAAGUUAUUUGACGCGUACGCGAGGAUGCCUACAGUAACCCUGCCAAGAAUAACUGCAUAUUUAACUGGAACACUUCCAUCAUUCGGAACAGUUCUCACAAAUCUGGCAACUGCUGAAAUGAAGACAGCUAAUUGGAUUUCAAGAAUUCAAAAAAUUGGCAAGAAGGUUCAUUUUUUUGGCGAUGACACUUGGAUUCGACUGUUGCCUAGAAGUUUUGAAAAGUUCGAAGGAGUAACAUCGUUUUUUGUGUCAGACUACACAGAUGUCGAUAAUAAUGUUACCCGGCAUCUAGAUACAGAACUUUCAAAUACAAAUCAUUCUUGGGAUGCUCUUAUUCUUCAUUAUUUAGGAUUAGAUCAUAUUGGUCAUUCACUGGGUGGAAGCUCGUCUAAAAUACCAGAAAAGCUGAAAGAAAUGGAUGAUGUUAUAGGACGAAUACAUAAAUAUUUGAAAAGUUCUACAUCUGUUGAUCAGGAAAGUUAUCUGAUUGUGUGUGGAGAUCAUGGAAUGACUGCAGCUGGAUCACACGGUGGAGCAAGUCCAGAUGAAACUAGAGUUCCCGUGGUUAUUUGGAAAUUUGGAAGGGAAGAAGGCAAUAAAAACUAUGGGAAUCAAGACGAUUCUCUGAAACAGCCUCCACGAAUUGAACAAAUUGACGUUUCUUCUACAAUAUUUGAUGUAUUCAAUAUGCCGAUUCCCAUAGAAUCGUACGGAAUCUCAUUGAUCAACUAUUUUAGUGAUGACGAAGAAGAAUAUUUUGAAAAGCAACAUAACCAGUUUCGUCGAAUCGUACAAGCUAAGCAUCUUGCAAUCUCGGAUAUCUGUGAUGAAAACUGUGAUUAUUCGGAUAAAUUCAUAAAAAGUGCUCUGAAAAAGUGGUUUCUCACAGUUCAAUCUGAAUUGAUUGGAUCUGCAUCAGAAGUUCCUAACAAAUCACUUGGCGUUUGUGUUUUUCUAUUAUUAGUAGCAUUAACUUUGUCAAUGGGUCUCUGGAAUCUACAUUUAUCCAAAUCUGACUUUUUUAUUUUUCUCAUAAACAUAACAUACUUCGCGAGCAGCUUAAUUGAAGAAGAACACGAAAUUUGGUAUUACUUGGGGAGUACGGUAGUCGCAAUUCGAGCUCUACGAAAUUUCAAAAUUUGGAAUAAAACCGAGGUCAAGUCAAUUUUCUUUCUCGCCUUCCUUCAUCGAAUUGCAUGUAGCUAUACCCAAAGUACACGAAGAAGAUGGAUCAUGGAUUCCAGCUUGCUGCCACCUUCUAUAUUUUCUGACACACUUGACUUCCAGCCAAACAACUUAAAUACAAUUUUAAAUGAAUACCCAAUAAUCGUAAUCCUUACUUGCUCAUUAUUCUGGAUGUAUGGCUACAAACAAUCGAAAUUUCAUAUCAUUCUGCCAAUGGUCUCACAUUUUCUCCGUCUUUUCGAAUUAACACAAUUCAACGAAGUUUUAAUGCAUUUCAUUCGGUUAUCAAUUCUCCCUAUCUCAUAUUCAACCGGAUCAGUGCUCGCUGGAUGUCUUCCAUUGCUCCUCGCAAUUGUACCAGUAUCUCAAAUUUUACUGCUCCUAGUCAUAUACAAUAUGGGAAAACUGUUCUCAAAGCUGAAUCUUGGAAGUGUAGAAUUUGUCACACUGUGCAUGUCAUCUUUCUUCUAUACGGGAAACUCGAACAGUUUAUCAACAUUAUCUUUAACAUCAGCUUACGUUGGACUUUCGAGUUAUCAGCCGAUCCUUGUUGGACUUCAGCUCAUGCUAUAUACAUUCUCGGGUCCCAUUUUGUUCCUUUGUGGAUGCAAUGCUUCAUCAUGCACAUCAUUGCUUAAUCAUCUCUUCUCCUAUCGAAUCUCAUCCAUGUGCACAUCACUUAUUUGCCUUUACAUAUUUCAAAAUCAUCUUUUCAUCUGGUCUGUAUAUUCGCCAAAAGUUGUGUACGACAUGGCUCAUGUCAUAUUUUUUGGUUUGAUUGGAUUACUCUAAUAAAAUAAAUUUGAUAAGCCAUUUA